CCUUUGGAUUCCAAACAAACCCAUUCAUCAAGCUCUUUCUACCCUAAUUUUCUAUAUAUACACCCUUCCCUUAGCUUUUAUUUACUGUUCUCAUACCCACUAGCUUAUAAAUAUACACAAACCAAGUAGAGGGUUUGUAAAGAAAGAAAGAGAGAGAGAGAGAAUAAUAACAAGCCUUUGGUUUCUCUUGCAAGAUAUUUGUUUAAUUAUCUUAUCUAUCUUCUUCUCCUUGUUUUCCUUCUCCCUUCUUCCACCUCUUUCAUAUCUUUGUUUUUGUAAAAGAAUCUUACUCAUAGAAACAUGUCAAGCUGCAGUAUCGAUGUUGCACCUGCAGAACAACUCUGCUACAUCCCUUGCAACUUUUGCAAUAUUGUUCUUGCGGUGAGUGUUCCAUGCAGUAGCUUGUUUGACAUAGUGACCGUUAGAUGUGGUCACUGCACAAAUCUAUGGUCUGUGAACAUGGCUGCAGCGUUUCAGUCACUUUCAUGGCAAGAUAUUCAGGCACCUAGCCACUGCAUGAAUCCAGAGUAUAGGAUUCGAACCAGUGGCAACACUUCCAAAUGCAACGAUAGGAUUGCAAUGAGAACUGCACCAACCACUCAUGUUACUCAAGAAAGAGUUGUUAACCGCCCUCCCGAGAAGAGGCAGCGUGUACCUUCUGCUUAUAAUCAGUUCAUAAAGGAAGAGAUUCAGAGGAUAAAGGCUAAUAAUCCUGAUAUUAGUCACAGAGAAGCUUUCAGUACAGCUGCAAAGAACUGGGCACAUUUUCCUCAUAUUCAUUUUGGGCUAAUGUUGGAGAGCAACAAUCAAGCUAAGAUGGAGAAUGUGUCUGAGAAGCGUUUGAUGUCAAGGGCUGCACUAAUGAACAAAUGAAAGCUUAUUGUUGAUAAUAAGUGUUAGGAGAAAAACUUCAUCAAUUUUAAUUAUAAUUAUGUCUUGUAAACAUUGUCCUAAGUACUUUACAUGACUUUUAAGGACAAUUGACUCUUUUUCUUUUCUUUAUGUUAGGGCAGUUUGUGACUGCUUACUGCUUGUGUAAUGGAUGUUUUUUUUACGUAAUAUGAAUGAAGCAAGAAUGCUACUUACUUUC